AUUAACCUAGGGUUGAAGGCCAAACCAGAGCUAUUCCAGUUUGCAAAGUUUAUUUGGCUCUAUAUUGCUAAAUCCAGUCGCCUCCCUAACUCUAAGGCAUCUGCUGGAGGGACAGCUUCCUUCUCACUGAAUCCCUGCUCAGCGGAAACCCUAGUGAGCAUCAUGUUCCUGCUUCCAUCGCUCCCUCUUCUUCUCCUGAGUGUGAUAGCAGCAUCUUAUUCAGAAGCCAUAACCCAUGAGGACAGUGCAAACAACUGCCCAACAAUUGCCUGUUAUUCUCCAGGCAUGAAUGGCUUCCCAGGAAAAGACGGACGUGAUGGCUCAAAGGGAGAAAAGGGAGAACCAGGUGAAGGGCUCAGAGGCUUGCAGGGCCCUCCUGGAAAGAUGGGGCCUCCAGGAAACCCAGGUCCUCCUGGGUUACCUGGAAAAACUGGCCAAAAAGGAGACCCUGGAGAAAUUCGAGAAUGCGAUACCAGUGUGGCUGAUUCUGAAAGAGGAGCUCUGCGAGCAGAAUUAGAGAAAAUCAAAAAGUGGCUGUUCUUCUCUUUGGGCAAAAAAGUUGGGAAGAAAUUCUUCUUGAACAAUCAUAGAAAGAUGAGCUUUAGUGAAGUAGAAGCUCUGUGUGCCCAAUUCCAGGCCUCCGUGGCCAUCCCCAAUAAUGCUAAAGAGAACAGUGCCAUCCAGAGCCUGAUCAAUGACAACACCUUCCUAGGAAUUACAGAUAAGGCAACAGAAGGCCACUUUGUGGAUCUGAAAGGAAGGGAACUGAGCUACCAAAACUGGAAUGAGCAUGAGCCCAAUGAUGCUGGCGAUGGGGAAGACUGUACAGUGAUCAUGCCAAAUGGCAAGUGGAAUGAUGUGCCCUGCUCCUCCUCCUAUUUUGCAGUCUGUGAGUUCUCUGCCUGAAGGAACUUGUCAACCCUCAGAACACCCCACCCCUAUCCCUUUACUAUACCACACAGGCCAAAAAUCUACCUUGCAAAUAAAUUCUGUCAAUAUCUUUGUAUUCAGUGCUGGGUCCCUCUUUCAUGAGGAAUUGGAGAAAAUUAGGAGAAUAGAUUAAAUGAAUGAGAGAAGGAAGUGAAAAGCAAGGUGAGGAGGUUGACAGUGAUCCAAGAAGAGUUUCUGGUUGAGCCCCAAUCACUAAUGAUCACUAACACAACAACACAGUAAUAGUAAUAGUAAUAGUAGUAGUAAUUUAAUUAGCCUAUAAUACUUGUAUUUGAGUAGUGUUAACUUGCUAACAUAUAAAAAUUAAAUAGAUUAAUUUUUCCAUUUGCUACAAGAAACUGCACCUGUUGGGACUCCCUUUCUGAUAGGAUAGGGGACUUCUCCAGUGACAUCACCCCAAACUAACACUAUAACUUUUAAGCCAAUCUCAGAUAUUAAGAGAAUCUGCUGGGACUGGAGCUGUGUCAUAGUAGGUUAAACCUCUGCCUGUGGCGCUGGCAUUGUUAUGGGUGCCAGUUUAUGUUCCGGCUGCUCCUCUUCUGAUCAAGUUCUUUUUUAUGGCCUGGGAAAGCAGUGGAAGACGGCCCAAGUGCUUAGGCCCCUGCACCCAUGUGGGAGACUGGAAGAAGCUCCUGACUCCUGGCUUCAGAUUGGCUCAGCUCCAGCUGCUAUGGCCAUCUGGGGAGUGAAACAGCGGAUAGAAGACCUCUCUCUCUGUAUCUCCCUCUGUUUGCAAUUCUACCUCUCAAAUAAAUAAAUAAAAUGUUUUAAAAAAGAGCAUCUGUUUUGUAGUUGAAACCUUUUUUAAAAAAAUAGAUUUAUUUAUUUACUUGAAAGUCAGAGUUACACAGAGAGAGAAGGAGAGACAGCGGUUUUACUGGCUAUGCCACAGCACUGGCCCUGAAACUUUUUUCUUUAAUGAGAUAUUAAAUUAUUUAAAGAUCCCAAGUCUCAAGUAAAAAGAUUGAGUUCUCACAAAGAUAACCAACUAUGUAGUCAUUUUCUAGAUCACAAUCCAGGCUAUUUCUAGUAUCUUAGCAUUCCCUUUGUUAUUCCCCCUUGUUGAUUUUUCCCCAAAAUAAACACUACUUUGAACACUG